AUGUUUUUAUUAACACAUAACAUAAAGUUGAGAAUUAGAAAAUAUAACAACCGGUUAAUUAUUUUUGAAAGAAUAUAUAGAUACAUAUGUGACGACAUAAAAAAAGAAAUUAUAGAACAUAGUUAUAGUAAAGAAAAAUGUGACAAUUUAAAUUUAUCAGAAGAAUGUAAAAAACACAUAGAUUUUAAACAAAAAUUGUUGUAUGAUUAUGUAUCAAAAGAGAAUAAUAUUUCUACAUUCGUAAAGAAAAAAGAAGAAAAUAAUUUAUCAUCAUAUAUGUGUCUUGUGAAGGAUAAUGAUCGAAGUAAAUUAAAAAUUAAAAUAAAUAAGAAGAAAACAAAAGAAGAGGAAAAAGAAGAUAAAAAGUUCGAUCAAGAAAAAAAAAAAAAAAAAAAAAAAAAGGAAGAAGAUGAAAUUCUUUUGAAUAAUAAAUAUGUUGAGGUUGAAUAUAUGGGUGAAUAUAAAAAAUGGAUUAAAAAAAAAAAGAAUAACUAUCUUAAGGAAGAAGAUAAUAAAGAAAAAGAGAUAAUUACUAAAAAAUUAAAUAAAAAUGUAAAAGAACAAAACAAUGAACAUAUUUAUCAAAAUGAAGAUAUUUAUCAAAAUGAAGAUAUUUAUCAAAAUGAAGAUAUUUAUCAAAAUGAAGAUAUUUAUCAAAAUGAAGAUAUUUAUCAAAAUGAAGAUAUUUAUCAAAAUGAAGAUAUUUAUCAAAAUGAAGAUAUUUAUCAAAAUAAUAAGCAAGAUACAAAUAUAAGUGCACACCACAAUAAUAAUUAUAUAAGUGACGAAAAAAAAUAUAAUAAAAGUGAUCUUUGUAAUAUUUCACAAACGAACAAUAAUAUAAUUUUGGAUAUUGAUAAUGAUCUAAAAAACAUAUAUAUAGAUAAUAGUAAAUAUUUUAAAUUAGAUAUAGAAAGAAAUACAAAGAAAGAAAAAAUAAAAUUAAAUCAAUAUUGUUCAUAUAAUGGAAUAUGUAGUUCUCGUUUUGUUAAUAAUAAUGUUCAAAAUGGGUUAUUCAAAGUAAAUGAUAAAAUAGUAUAUGAAAAUGUUGAAAUUUGUUUAGGUGUAGAUAAAAUUGAAUUAACAAAUAGAGGUAAGGAUUUAUUAAAAAAUAAAAUAACGAUUAUUUUAAAUAAACCCAAACAUUAUUUAUCUAUAUCUAAUGAUAAUAAAUCUUAUAAAAAAUUACUAGUUCGAAAUUUAAUAAGAAAUGAAAAUAAAUAUAUUCAAGAAGAACAUAAAUGUAUGAGUUAUUUUAUAUAUAAAAAUGUGAACAUAGAAAAAGUUCCUAAUUUAUAUGUAUGUGGUCGUUUAGAUGCUAAUUCUAGUGGAUUAUUAAUCUUUACACAAAAUACUUUAUCUAAUAAUUAUUUAUUAUAUAGAUAUAAAUAUAAUAUUGAAAAAGAAUAUGUUAUUAAAACUUAUAAUUCUAUAACUCAAGAAAAUAUGAAAUUAUUAAAAGAACAUUUUUAUGUUGAUGGGAAAUUAAUUUAUAAAUGUCAUAUUCAAUAUGUAGAUAACUUUACAUUGAUUUUUAAAAUUUAUCAAGGUUUUCAUAAAAUUAUAAGAAAAAUGUGUAUGCUCUCAAAUAUUAAAAUUAAAUCUUUACAUAGAAUUAGAAUAGGAAAUAUACACUUGAAUGACCUUCCAAUAGGAAAGUGGAGAUUUCUAAUGCCCAACGAAUAUUUUUUUUAA